AUGGGUCACGACGACACCUCGGGCGUCCUCGCGGCCCACGGCGCUUCCCCCAACAAGAGGGACCCUAACUCCAGACCUUAUAAAUGCCCCAUGUGUGACAAGGCUUUCCACCGCUUGGAACACCAAACUCGCCAUAUCCGCACGCAUACGGGCGAAAAGCCCCAUAGUUGUAACUACCCCGGGUGCUUCAAGAAGUUUCUGAGAUCGGAUGAACUCACCCGCCAUUCACGAAUCCACACCAACCCGAACUCCAGGAGGAAUAAAAACUUGCUGAAGAAAAAGGGCACGGGCGGUGGGGCUGGCGGCACAUCCCACGACUUUGAUACCAAGACCACGCCUCCGGCCAGUCCUCCUAAUGGUAGGGCCGACCGGGGUAGUUCCACCACCAACAUCGACAUAUUGGCGUCUGCUGCCUCCCAGGAGCUCAACUUGUUGAACUCCAAGUCCUUGCCGUCGCUCACCGACUACUUCAAGACGUCCAACGUCUCCAACUCAUUUUCCACCAAUAAUCUCCAAUAUUUGUCGAGUUUGGCGGUCAACCAGUAUCAUCCCAAACCCAAGCUCAAUACCUUGUCGUCACUCAAGCGUAUGACGCCGUUGGAGAUGCCACACGCCUCCACCGGCAUUCUCAAGGACACGGACUUGGACUAUGUGAAGCAACGGCUUAAGAAGUCACGGCCCAACUCCCCCACAUUAUCCACCAAGAACUUCACGCUACCCAACUCACCGGUGUUGGGCUUAAGUCUGGUCACCACCCCCAUCUUGUCGGCCAACAACAGUUCGACCAACUUGCACUCAUACUUCCAGAGCCAUAAUACCCAUGGGACACGGCACCACGGGGUGCAGCAGCCGCCACCAGCCCCGGCCCCGGCCCCCGUCGCCCAGACCUCGAGCUACGCUGGCCUGGCAAACAACGAGGAGGACACCACGCACUUGCCCAGUAUCCGGUCGUUGAAGUUGGACUUGCCGAAGAACAUGUCGAUUAAUCAGGCAUCCAGGUAGGAUCCAGAGUCCAUCAAGGGAGGUACGAUCAAGAGUUGUUCAACCAGGGAGGUAGAACCUGCCGUCGACAGCUCAUGGCAACGUUGACGGACUCUUCUUGUAAUAUAGAAUGUAAAAUAAACAUUAAU